GAAGAGCGGACAGCUACACUUGAACAUGAGUGCCGCUGUGACUGAAGGCCAUUAGCAAGACAAAGGUCGCCUCCAUGGAGCCAGCACAGGAGUCUUUGUAAAGGGCGAGGGGGGGUGUAUAGACGCCCAGAGUGAGAAAGAGCCAGAUUCAGCAGUUUAUGGACGAAACCUGAUCCGGGAGUUUACUACAAGUCUUUAUUGAUGAUGGCGGAUUUUGUUACACCGCGACACAGCGCGGUGAUGGAGAGGCUCCGCCGGAGGAUCGAGCUCUUCCGGCAGCAUCACAACAGCUGCGAGAACCGCUACGAAAACGCGACGCUGGAGCGACUGGAGCUGGAGCAGCAGCAGACCAUCGCCCUGCACCAGCGGUGCCUGCAGGCCAAAGCCAAGCGGUCCAACAAGCACCGGCAGCCCCAGCCCAGCGGCGACCAGGCGAGCCAGAGAGCGCCGGGCGGCAGCAGCGCGGAACUCGCGGAGAGUGGAGGAUCGGUGUCGGAACAGAGCCGGAACAGCACACUGAUAGCGCAUCCAAAAUUCAAAAUAUAUCCAGUCAGCUAUCCUGUAGUUGAAAGAAAAUCAUCAGAUCUUCACGUUAGAGAAGAUGGACCUAGCUAUGACCUGCUGAGCUCCAACGGGACCCAUGGGGCAGGAGGGGAGUCGACGGACAGCGGUGCCGAGCCGGGGUCAGACUUCCAACGCAAGGAGAUGAAGCAGGAGCCCGAUGACAUCCUGCCCAUCAUGCCCCCGUCGGGAGGAGGCAAUAACAGCCUGUUCCCUGACCUCAACCUGAACGAGCAGGAGUGGAAGGAGCUGAUGGAGGAGCUCAAUUGUUCGGUGGCCUCCGAAGACAUCCAGGAUAUUCUCAACGAUGGCUUUGAGGACCGCAAAGACCCUCUGGAGCUGGUACCAACUCCAGGUGGUGGUGGGGCAGUGGGAAGAGGAGCAGGAGGAGCAGCAGGUGGUGGGGGAGGCCAGCCAUCACAGGGUCUGCUUCCUCCAGAUCUGGCCAGUGUUAAGACGGAGUUCUCUCCAGCCUUCGAGCAAGAUUCUUGCAUUGGCUCCCCCCAUGUCAGGUCCACCCCCUCUGGGCCACCUCCACUCCCCACCAGCUCCCCUGUUGUCUCCUCCUCUGCCACUUCCCCUGCUCUGCCUCCAUCGCAGCCCGCUCCUCACCCUCGGCAGCUUCAACCUCCCCCAAACCACAUCCUCCCUCCAGUACCCCCGGUGACCAAAGACCUGUCUCCGGCCCAGCAGCUCCAGCACCUGGCCGCCCAGCAACAAUGGGCACAGCACCUUCAUGGUCAGAUGCAGCACAAACAGCCACAGCCAGGGGCCAAGUUCCACAAUCCGGGGCCCCAUGCUCACCCCCCGCCGUGGCCCCAGAUGGCCAACACCUCUCAGAGCCCACUAGGGGGUGCAUUUGGUUUGGACAAGUCCACAAGCCCCUCUUUGUACCCACAAGACUUCAACCCUAAUGCCCAGAAGCAGCUUCUGAUGCCUGGUCAGCCCAACAAGGGCUCUCCCAAGGCAGGGGCCAGCAGUUACAUGCCAGGACCCGGCGGGCACCCCAACAUGCUGGGUCACCCAGCUUCAGGGCCGCCUCUCAGCCACCCGCCAGCAGCAGGAGCUCAGGCCCCAGUUGCCAUGCUGAACUACAACAACACCAAACCUCUGUCGCACUUUGAGGUGCGCUCUGGACCGCCACGGCCCCCCAACACCCAGAGCCAGAACAAGGCGGCCCUGCUGACAUUGCUCAGACAGCAGCAGCAGAUCAAACAGAAGAACAGCAUGAACUUCCGCCAGCACCUCCCACACUCGCAGGACCAGAACACCUACCCAGCUCCUCCACACGGCCCAGGCCCCGCUAACUCUAUGGCAUCUGCACCUGGAAACAAUGCCAUCUCGGCGCAGCCUGGGGCAAUCAUCAUGGCAGGUAACCAUGGUAACGCAGCGUACCUGAGCAGCCAGGAAGCAGUGGCGGUGACACUGAAACAGCAGCAACAGCAUCAGCAGCAGAUCCUGGAGCAGCAGAAGCAGCAGCAGCAGCAAUACAUACAGAAAUACAUACAGAGGCAGCAGGAAAAGCAGCGGCAGCAGGACCAGCAACUUCAGAGACACCUGACUCGACCUCCUCCACAGUACCAAGACCAGCCCGGACAAGACAGCCCAGAAUUUGACUUGGUAUUUGACAAUGCUGUGGACCAGUGGGUGGCCAGCUCAUCAGCAGAGAAGUGCCUGUUUGUCCAGAUUCUGUACCACGCCUGCCAGACCUACUGGGAGAGCAAAGCAGGGAGUCUGGGAAAAGCUGGGAAGCUGGGCAAGCUGGGCAGAGCAAGUCAGGGCGCUCACCAUGAAGUUGAAGCUGGUCCUAGUCACUCUUCACCAGGAUCUGAAUCCAAAAUCCUGCAAGCCCGAAAGAAGAGCUAUGUUCCUCCCAGGCAGACAGAGUUCAUCAACUGCCAGUCCAAGCUCACAGGAGACGCCUGCACCAUGAACCUGGUUAUCUACCGCUGUAAAGCCUUUUUAAAUCGCUUGAAGAAAAUGAUGGUUGCAAACCAAAGUCGAUCACCAGGUCGAGGUAAGGCAGCGGUUAAUGGGGAAAAGCAGCGGCAGCAGGACCAGCAACUUCAGAGACACCUGACUCGACCUCCUCCACAGUACCAAGACCAGCCGGGACAACCGGCCAGUCAGAACCCUUUCCCACAGCAGCCGGUCAACCAGUUUACAGCUUCCGCUCAGCCUAUGGGCAGCGUCGGCUCCAUGGGAGGACCCACUCCUGGUGCCCAGCGUAUGUUUCCUCAGAACCAAGGUAUGAUGGGUAUGAACAUGGGUCAGGGCAGUGGACCAGCAGGUGGUGUAGCUCCAUCCCCGGGGACAGGCCAGACUGAUGUCAGUCUGCCGUCCUGUGGCGGCAGGGGGGCCGGGGCUGGCCUGGAAGUCCAGCAGGUCCUCUACAACAACAUGAACCUUCACCCCAACCACCCGGCCCACCCGCCCCAACAGGCCAACCUGCAGCGCCAGCCUCUAGGCUCCAUGAGUGCCCCCUACAGGCAGAACCUUCUGGCUCAGCAGCAGCACCUGAAGGCACAGCCCAACGCUGCCAUGCUGAAGCAGCAACAGCUGGCUGCCGCCCGCAUGCCAAGUUCCAUGCAGAAUAGCAUGGGGGCCAGCCUGUCCAGCUCGAUGCCUGGCAGCAUGCAGGGCGCACAGAGUGCCGCCUGGCAGCAACAGCUCGCCAGCCAGCCACCCUCCGGUAACGCCGGCCUACCCCCGAACACCUUUCACAUGCAGCAGCAGCCUCGCAUUCCCAAGAUGCCACCGGGUUCUGCUCCCUUUGGUGCAAACCCAGGUGGGCGUCCAAUGGGGGCUCUGAAUCCUGGACAGCAGAUGAUGCAGACGAACAUGGCUGCUGCUCAGCAGAGGGCGCCACCCAACCCUCAGAGCCUGGGCCAGCCGAUGGCCAAUCAGCAGCAGACUCAACAGCAACAGGCCAAUCAGAGCCAAGCUGUCCUUCCAGACCUGGUGGCGUUCGGACAGCUGCAGAGCAACGGGCGCCAGGGACUGCAGUGUAACCAAGGCUACCAGGUGAGCAGGACUGCCAGUCAGCAACAGGUGUCAUUUGGAUAUAACGUGGCGUCAGGGAGCUUUGCUGAGGAGAGCGAGCUAGUGGACUCCCUGCUGAAGGGUCAGAAUGCCCAGGAGUGGAUGGCCGACCUGGACGAACUGCUUGCCAGCCAUCAGUAGUUUAAUACCCCUGUGUGCACCUGGAGCUCUUUAACCCUGCUGAGCUGGGGGGGGGCUGUGCUGCUGAAGCUGCAUAGUGGAAAUCGCUGUCAUCUUUCUGCAGCAGCUGUGGUGAAAAGACUGAUUUCUGUUUUCAGGCCAUCAACAGCUGAUCUGUUGACAGGAGGCUGCUGUGUUAGCGUUAGCCACCAGUAAGCAGCCAGUGGUGACUGUCAGCCCACAGGUAUCUAGUUACUGAGUUGUAAACAUCUGGCUGACUGGUAAACACAUGAGGUUUGUUGGUGAAUGUUGUUUGUUCAGGCACCGCUCUGUGGACGAAACGUGCCUGAUGCGAUGACACUGUAUCUCACCCAAAGAUGUACACACCAGCUGCCAAAUCCAUUGCAGUGCAAUGAAGAAACGUGGGUAUGUGUGGUUUCCUGCUGGUUAGAGACAGGUUACACCACACAAAAGUUAGUGUGUGUCUGUCCACAAACUGCUCAUUUGCAAAUUACACAUCUGGUAGAAGAAUUUAAGCCCUUUAAUAAGUCAUCAUGGUCUGCUGGUACAUUCAGCGUAUCACUGAGUAGAUCCCUCGUUUUAAAUGUCAUUUGUAAGAACAGUUUGCUGCCAUCCAGUGUGCAGAGUGUUUGCAUCCAGUUCAGUUUGUGCACAAACAUUUACUGGUGAAUAAUGUUGGUGUUUGUCUCUGUUCAGGCAAAUGUUUUACUGCACAGCUGUGCAGCCACACUACAAAGCAGACACUAUACUAAUCUUCAUAGUGCACUAGUUGUUUUGUACUAAGAACCAGUGAUAGGUGGUAUUAGGUGAUUUAAAAUCUAUAUCACAGUAUUUAAAAGCUGAUAUCGUAAUAUAGAAAUAUAUCGGAAUAUAGCUGAGCAGUAAUCCACAGAUAAAA